GCACAACACGGGGGCUGCUUUUUCGCUUUGGCACACCCGGGCUCUCUGCUGGCUGGGCGGUGUCUGCAGCCUUCACUUUCCUCCCGAAAAUCGAAGGCUACGGGGCUGCUGACCGGCACUUUUUUCUUCCUCUCUCUCUCUCUCUCUCUCUCUCUCUCUCUUUCUCUUCUUUUUCUCCGCCUCUCUCUCUCUCUCUCUCUCUCUUGCUGCUUUGCUUCUCUCCCUCUACCUAUCUAUCUUAUCUACUUCUCAUAUCUUGUACCUAUCGCAAUUUUCCUUUUCAUCUCUGACGCUUUUGGUUCCGCGAAGAGUCGACACGUGUGCCAAAGAAGACGAGGUAAAGUAAUAAAAAGAGGGGGCGGGGGGGGGGAGGAGGAGGAGGCGUGCAUCGUCGGAUCAGUGAAAGUGUCGAACCGAUAGCCGCGUAAACAUCGUGAAUUGUCGUGUACGUACGUGCACGCGAGGCGCUGCUGAUAUUUUGGCCGGGGGUGGAUGUGUGCGGUGCUGCCAGCCGCAGGAGUAAAAGGAAACGGUGACGGGGACGGAAACGAAGGAGAGAGCGAACUUUGUCGAUGACAGGAUGACUUUUCCUAUCCGUUUAGAGGAAUGCGGCCUUCUCAAAUCGUGCCUUGUUUAGCGUGUGAGAGAGAGAUAGAGGAAGAAUAACAGCUGACUCCAUUGAGUCGUAGCGUGGGAGAAAUGCGGAAACGGCUUUCAAUUUUGUCCGAAAGAUAUUUUUAUCCGAGAGAUCAUUGUGGACGACGACGAGUUUCGCACGAUCGAGAAUCGAGUUGACCUGAUUUCGUCCUUGGACGAAUGCAGGAUCGAUCCUUCAUGAGCUUGUGACUCUCUCUCUCUCUCUCUCUUGUAUUUCUCUGUUAUCCUCUCUCGACCGUCUCGUUUCGUUCCGUCUUACUCGACCUACGCAUACGCACCCACGAACGAAACUUUCAAAAGGAUUAAGGCGCUUGCGACGAUUCGAUAAUCGAGAAUAACAAUCGUCGUUCUGGUUGAUCCUGAUGAUCUCUCACCACUGCCAAAUCCGCGCGAUCUAUUCUCGGGUAUUUUCUUGGAGAAGUGUCUUCCGUAAGCGCAAACACCUUUGAUAAAGGACGAAGCGACAAUUAAUAAUACUUUACAACGAUUUCCAAAUCGUACAAUCUAGAUAUUAUAAAGAGUAAAAUUAUACUCUUAAUUCGCGAUUCCUCAAUCAUUCAAAACACGUCGUCUUCCUAAAGCGAAACAUACAAACUAUUGUACCUCGAUUCAUCGUUGUACUUCGAGGGAUUCGUUUUGGUAACGAACGAGAGAAGCAAAAAGACGAAGAGAAGCGAGAAGAAGAAGAAGAAGAAGAAGAAAGAAUCCUCUUUUAAGGUUUUCGAGAUAUAGCCAGGGUUAAAGUCGGAGGUAGUAAAUAGUCUAACGAUAAUCUAGACAGUGACAAUCGAUAAUAACGUAAAAAGAAAUAAAAAACAAAAUAAAUAAAAAAGAGAAUGGCAAGUGUUCGAAGAUAGAAGAAGAAGAAGAAGGACGAUGCGAAACGCAAAGGUUCUCUUGGCGACGAUCCUUUCGCUUCUCGGCACGCUCGUCGUCUCCGAAGUGCAAGCUUGGAGAUCGACGAUCGGUCAGAGCGGAAUUCGCGAGAGCUCGCUCGACGGAAGAUAUGGGAAUAGUCGUUUACCGAAUCUGACCAUUGGUCUGGUAGUGCCGCACACGAAUUUUGGUGCGCGCGAGUACACAAAAGCGAUCAACCGAGUGGUUAACAAUCUUCACAAAGGUCAAGCAGCAAAGAUCAGAGGUCAAACGAGAUUUACCUUUCUCGACAAGUACGUUUUCACGCCGCACCAGGUGAAGAACACUAUGCUGAGACUCACGCCAAGUCCUACAGCUAUACUCGAUUCUCUCUGCAAGGAUUUCCUAUCGUUAAAUGUAUCGGCUAUUUUGUAUCUGAUGAAUUACGAACAAUACGGCCGUAGUACGGCCAGCGCUCAGUAUUUUCUUCAAUUGGCCGGUUAUCUAGGAAUUCCUGUUAUUGCUUGGAACGCCGAUAAUUCUGGACUCGAAAGGAGAGCUUCGCAGAGCAACCUGCAGUUACAAUUGGCUCCUUCGUUGGAACAUCAAACUGCUGCUAUGUUGAGUAUCUUGGAGCGAUACAAAUGGCAUCAAUUCAGCGUAGUCACGUCGCAGAUCGCAGGCCACGACGAUUUUAUUCAAGCGGUCAGAGAACGGAUUUCCGAUAUGCAAGAUACAUUCAAGUUUAACAUAUUGAGCGCGGUACAGGUAACGAAUGCGAGCGAUCUCUUGGAAUUGGUAAACAGCGAGUCGAGAGUGAUGUUACUCUACUCGACUCGAGAAGAGGCAAUGCACAUACUCAAGGCUGCCGAAGAUUACAAGAUCACGGGCGAGAAUUACGUUUGGGUCGUCACUCAAAGCGUCAUAGAAACUCUUCAAUCGGCCAGUCAGUUCCCGAUUGGAAUGCUCGGCGUGCACUUCGACACGAGCAGCGACAGUCUCAUCAGCGAAAUCAACACGGCUGUCAAAGUUUACGCCUACGCCGUCGAGGACUUUGUAAACGAUCCCAAGAACGCGAAUUACACUUUGGACACUCAGUUGAGUUGCGAGGGUGCCGGGGAAGCAAGAUGGAACACGGGAGACUUAUUUUUCAAAUAUUUGAAAAACGUAUCGGUGGAAGGAGAUCAGGGGAAGCCAAACGUCGAGUUCACUCAAGACGGUGUUCUCAAGGCUGCAGAAUUGAAGAUUAUGAAUCUUCGUCCAGGAGUUAGUAAGCAGCUUGUUUGGGAGGAGAUCGGCGUUUGGAAAUCUUGGGAAAAGGAAGGCCUCGAUAUAAAGGACAUAGUUUGGCCGGGUAACACGCACACGCCCCCUCAAGGAGUACCAGAGAAGUUUAAUCUGAAGAUAACGUUUCUCGAAGAACCACCGUACAUCAAUCUCGCUCCGCCCGAUCCCGUCAGUGGGAAAUGCCUAAUGGAUCGUGGCGUUCAUUGCCGAGUAGCCAAGGAAUCGGACAUGAGCGAGAUGGACAUUCAGUCGGCUCAAAAAAACGAAAGUUUUUAUCAAUGCUGCAGCGGAUUUUGCAUCGAUCUACUGCAAAAAUUUUCGGAAGAAAUAGGCUUCACGUACGAGUUGGCUAGAGUGGAGGACGGGAAAUGGGGUACACUCGAGAACGGAAAGUGGAAUGGCCUUAUAGCGGAUUUGGUUAAUCGGAAGACCGACAUGGUAAUGACGUCCUUGAUGAUAAAUUCCGAAAGAGAGGCAGUCGUGGACUUUACCGUUCCUUACAUGGAAACCGGAAUAGCCAUCGUUGUUGCAAAACGAACUGGAAUAAUAUCACCCACAGCUUUCUUGGAGCCAUUCGACACGGCUUCCUGGAUGUUGGUGGGAAUUGUCGCGAUUCACACCGCGACGGUAAUGAUACUCUUUUUCGAGUGGUUAUCACCGUCCGGUUUCGACAUGAAGGUAAAGCCUUCAGUCGCUCCGCAGAAACUGAAAAAUCCAUCGCCGAAUCAUCGCUUUUCGUUUUGCCGCACUUACUGGUUGGUCUGGGCGGUACUGUUCCAAGCAGCCGUCCAUAUCGAUUCUCCGAGAGGAUUUACAGCCAGAUUCAUGACGAACGUUUGGGCGUUAUUCGCCGUGGUCUUCCUCGCCAUUUACACUGCCAACUUGGCUGCCUUCAUGAUAACGAGGGAGGAAUUUCACGAGUUCACCGGUGUCGACGAUCAUCGACUGGCCAAACCGUGGUCGCACAAGCCCAUGUUCAAAUUUGGCACCAUACCUUGGAGUCACACCGACAGCACAUUGGCUAAAUACUUUAAGGAUAUGCACUCUUACAUGAGGGGUUUUAAUAAGAGCAGCGUGGCCGAGGGAAUCGAGGCUGUCAUCAGCGGUGAAAUGGAUGCAUUCAUAUACGACGGAACCGUCCUUGACUAUUUGGUCGCUCAAGACGAAGAUUGCAGGCUUCUCACGGUUGGAUCUUGGUACGCCAUGACGGGAUACGGUUUGGCCUUUUCUAGAAAUUCCAAAUAUUUGCAAAUGUUCAACAAACGUUUGCUCGAUUAUCGGGACAACGGUGAUCUCGAACGUUUGAGACGCUUCUGGAUGACGGGCACGUGCAAACCGGGAAAAGAGGUUCAAAAAAGUAGCGACCCUUUGGCGCUCGAACAAUUUUUAAGCGCUUUCCUAUUGUUAAUGAUGGGAAUUCUUCUCGCAGCCGUCUUCCUUCUUCUCGAACAUCUCUAUUUUAAAUACGUGAGACAACACUUGGCAAAGAGCGACGGCGGUGGAUGCUGCGCUCUUUUCAGCUUGAGCAUGGGAAAAUCUUUGACCUUUCGCGGUGCGGUCUACGAGGCCCAGGAUAUAUUGAGACAUCACAGAUGCAGAGAUCCAAUUUGCGAUACUCACUUAUGGAAAGUGAAGCAUGAGUUGGACAUGGCCAGGAUCAGGAUACGACAGCUCGAGAAGGAUCUCGAAGCCCAUGGAAUAAAGCCCAGUCAGACCAAGAGGAAAACCGGAAGUCUGGCCUGGUGGCGAGGAUGCUUUCAAAGUUCGGACCGGCAUCGACAUCCGGAACCAUUGACGGUCGAAGCGCCGCAUCCGCUACCGCCAUACUUCGAUUCAUUCAUCGAUGCGGUCGAGGUCGCAAGGCCGAGAGACAUGAGCACUAAUCACGUAGUAAGCACCGAGUACGCGGAAACCUUUUUACCGACGGAGAUUUACAGAAUUCCGGGCACGGAAGGGGUAAGAACGGAAAUUGCAGAAAUGGAAACAGUUCUGUGAUCGUAACAGGUACGGCCUUCAUCGCCCAGACAUUAAAAGAAGCCAAACAGCCGGGAGACACUUGUUCUUCUGAUGAAAAAGGAAAAAAAAAAAAAAAAAAAGAAAAAAAAAGGGAAGAAAAGAAAAGAAAGACAAAGAAAAAAGAAGAAAGAUAUUCCGUCGAAUCCACGAGCAUCGAAUUGCUUCUUUGCCCUUUCGGAAUCACGGACGACGAGUUCUUUCGUCUCUCCUAAAGGAUAUUUUAUCGAUGACGCGAUACGACGCGACGAACGAACGAUUUCAAAAAUCUCGAUCCUUUCCCUUAAAGAAGGAGCCUGAAUUUUACAACAUUUUUUCCUUAAUCAACGAAAAAAAGACGAAUAUGGAAAAGAGAACGACAAUGACGAUGAUAUUUGACACCGUUCAAUGCCUAAUCGACUCGUCGUAUUUCGCCAAUAAAGAACGAUAACGGAGAUCCAUCCUUAACCUCUCAUUUUUUCUCCCCCCCUCUCACUCUCUCUCUCUCUCUCUCUCUCUCUGCAUCAUAUAUAUUAUAUAUAAUAUUUAAUAUUUUUCCUUACUAUUAAAAUCUCCUUCCGUAUCCUUCCUCGUUUUCUCUCUUCCAUAUGGAAAAUGAAUUUCCACGAAAAAAUGAGGAGGUUGAAAAAAAAGGAAAAGUAGUGAGAGUAAAUUGCGAGAUUCACUAGUAAAACAUGUGAAAGAAAAAUGGAAAAGAAUCAAAAAAAAAAAAAAAAAAAAAAAAAAAAAAUAUAUAUAUAUAUAUAUAUAUAUAUAUAUAUAUACAAGUACAUACAUUCUAUAACGUACCGUUUAAACGUACGCGACUUUUUUCUCGGUCCUUUCUAAAUUCAAUUUGUGCCUACAAAUCGUACGAACAAGACGGUACCACCUUUGCACCACGGGUUUUGUCUGCGAGCAAAUAUGAAGAAAAGGAAAAGACAAACAAACGUAAGAGAUAGAGAAAAGAAGGAAAGAAAGAAAAAAGGAAAAAGAAAUGAGAUACAAGGAAAAAAAAUCAUAUUGUAAAAGCGCAACGAAAUUAUUCUUCGAUUUUCAUUGUCCUUUCGUAUGGUGGUGGGCAAAGCAUUAAGAGAGAGAGCUAUUACCACGAGGGUUGUACCGAGCUAUUUAAUGUUGUGUAGGGAACUAAAAUUAAUUAAUAUUAUUAUUAUUAGGGCAAAACACAAUCGGGCACCAACAAUGCAAUAGAUAGUUAUCGAGUUCUUCUCAUUUUUAAGAAGGACUAUUUUAAACUUUGUAUAAACUCGUGACCGACCAUGGCACACACGACACGUAAAUAAUACGUAAAACAAAGAAAAAACGUACAUACAUUACAUACAUACACGUAUACAUAUGUACAUAUAUAUAUAUAUGUAUACGUACAUCCAAUUUAUGUACAAAGAAAAAGACGACGAGGCUGUAAGAACGCUACUCGGUAAAAAAAAAAGGAGUAGCUAUCCCAGAAAAGAUGUGAAUCUAUGUGUUACCCUACGAAAUUUAGACCGGAUAUAUCUGCGAGUGAAAUGAUAAUACCAAAAAAAGAAAAAGAAAAAAAAAAAAAAAAAAAAAAGGAAAAAAAUUAAAAAAAAGAAAAAAAAACGAAAAAAAGAAGAAAAAAAAAGAAAGAAAAAAAACAUGUUUGUCGGUUAACGUUACAUUGUACGCGCAUCGAUAUAAUUAUUAUACAUAUAAGGAUAUACAUAUACGUGCGUAUUUGCGCUACAUAUAUAGGUUAUUUCCACGUGAAAGAGAAAGAUGAGCAACAAAUUAAAGACGACGUACCGUGGACAAAAAUGAGAUAUUCUAAAAAAACCUUACUUUGAGGACGUAAUAAUGCUCGAUGAAAAAAAUAAUACGCUACACACACACACACACACACACACAUAUAUAUAUAUAUAUAUAUAUAUGUAACGACGAACGAUAUGUAAAGUCAAAAACAAAAAGAAAAAGAAAAAAAAAAGCAGUAAUGUAUAAGAGAAAUAGAAGAGAGGUUAUUACCUCGUCGUGGAGUGUCAGGCGUCGUUUGACGAAUAUUUGAAAAUUGUCCAGGAAGACUAACAAAGAAAAAAAAAGAAAGAAAAGUAACAAGACGAUGGCAGAAUUUUCGUAAGACGACGUAGACUUGUAAAAGGAAUUAAGAGAUAGAAGAGAUUAGAGAUCGUUCGAUGUAUAACCCCGACGAGAGGAAAUAUUUUCUAAUGCGUAAUUUUGUGCCUGAGAUACCAAUUUCGAGAUAUAAUUUGUAAAAGAUCGUCAUAUUUUUUAGACCAUAUCAAAGAGCCACAAGUAGAAUUCGCUUCGACGUCCUGACGCUCCGAACAUUUUUGCAAACGAUAACUAUAUAUAUAUAUAUAUAUAUAUACAUAUAUAUACAUAUAUAUAUAUAUACAAGAUGUACGCUUACGCGUACAUAAUAAUUAAUGAUCGUACAUAAGAAAAAGUGGGAUUUACGUGUAUGCUACUGUAAUAAAAUGUCCCAGUGAGACGAAGCGCAGCCGUGUCGAUGUAAAACGAAAGAUGAAAAAGAACGUUCGUGGAUGGUUCGAGUGGGGGAAAAAAAAAAGAAAAGGAAAAAAAAGAAAUGAAAAAUUUACGAAAUAAGCGGCACCAUUUGAAAAGAGGAAAAGAUUAGGAACGGCGAUAGAUUAAUCAACGGGACGUUUCGUUAGGGAGAAAAAAUAAAGUGCGAUCGUUGCGUUCCACACGACGCAACGGAGACUUGAAUAUUUCCAAGGCGCUUUCACUAGAUUUUUCUACUUUCCAAGCGUUGCAUAAUUGCCGGUAAGAGACGCCUCUCCCGUUCGACGCCGCUGAUCCUUGGAUCGAAUGCGCCCCGCGAACCCAAAGCGGAAGCGGAAACGAAUGGGAAAUGUUAAACAAUAAUUUUCUACGAUUUUCCUUCUCGAAAGAAACGAGAAGAAAGCAGCGACGUCGAUCGUCGCGAGCUAAGCUCUCCGGAUUUUUAGAUUAGGUAAUAUAUACGAUACGAAUAAAUAUGAUUGAAAGAGAGAGAAGAAAAAAAAAAAGGAAUAAAAUAUAGUAAAGUAAAUUAAAAGUGUGCGCAAAAGGGAGGUUGGCGCCUAAGACCUAUCCCAAAUAACAAUCUUAGAACACGUUGUUACUGUUAUUGUUAAAGAUAAAAGGAAGUGUUACGUUGUUAAGCGAGAAAACUCGAUCACGCGAUAAAUUAUCUCGUCGUCGCGGAGUACGAAAUAAGCCGUCUCUAAAGUCUAAACUAUAAAAGCUACGCUAAUUAUCCCGUAAGUUUAAGGAAAAUAUAUAAUAAGAAGGAAAUUAUACGUUAGGAGCCGGAAACGUUAACAUAAAAAUAAUCACGGACACACUCAUAUACACAUAGACGAAAGCUCGCACCUUUUAACCCGAAAGACCAUUGUUCCUCUGUAUUUCCUUAUUAAACACUUGAACCUUCUUUCUCUCUUCUCGCAAGGAUAGAUCGAUCGAUCGAUCGAUCAUAGAACGACACGGCCAUUUUACGAACUCUCUUAGACACUGCCUAAUUUUUUCUGCCAAGAGAAAACACCCGCACAUGUAUACGCACACACACACACACAUACACACACACAUACGCGCGCGCGCGCGCGUAAACCCACGCAUAUCGUGCAAACACAAUUGAGCCGCUUUCUAUCCAUCGAUCGAUCGAUCUAUCUAUCUAUCCAACGAUACGUACUUCUUAUCCAUAAUCUAAUUUUUCUUCGAUCUAAUUUUUCUUCGCUUACCUUAUAUAUAUAUAUAUAUAUAUAUACAUAUAUAUAUAUUUAUACACAUAUGUUUUCUCUCAUUCAUCGUAGAACGUACAUAGUCACUUGAUAAGCGAUAUUGAUUGUAAAAUUUGGAAGGAUAAGAGAUACGUGCGCGCACUUAUCCAAACAGAAAUCGUUCGUUAAAAACUUGUUAAAAUACCUGACUAUGAUUAUACUUCGUUUACGUGUACGUAAUCGUAUCUACGUAAACAAUAGGAAUCCUCGAGGAAUCUGUCAGUCUUUUUCUUUCUUUCUUUCUUCCUUCCUUCCUUCCUCUACGGAAAAGGAUUUUCCGAUUGAUCCUCUUCUUAUUCCAGUUACGGCCAAAAGACGACUCUUCCAAUCGUGACAUCUAUCCAAUGUUCCAUGAAAUAUUACAAUGUGAUCGAUGGAAAUUUUAUUGAGAAUUCAAAGAAGAAGAAAGAAGUCAUAUCAACGCGAUCGUUCAUUCGUCCAGUGAAAUUGUUCUCAGAUUGAUUUAUUAUCGCUCGACGUUGUCCUUUGUAUUUUACGCGUGAAAAAUAGAAAAACAAAAAAUCGUGGGAGAAUCGAUAUGAUACAACGAAGAAACCGGAACGGGUCGCGCUCUCUUUCUCUCUUUUUCUCGCGACUACGAAGAUACAUCAUUUUUCCAAUAAAAGAGUCGUGGCUUUCUAUUCGUCUUUCCUCUGUCCCACUGGAGUGUGUCUUUGUCCUUGUUUGAUCUUACUCUAUUCGACAUUUCUUAUAUGUUAUAUGUAAAUUCAUAUGUGUCAAUAUUAUAAAUACAAUAUAUAUAUAUAUAUAUAUAUACAUACAUACAUAUAUAUAUAUAUACAUACAUUACAUAUACAUUCUACAGAUGGAUAAAAGAAUCAAGAUUGCAGAGUACCGCAGUUCGCGUCAUCUUAACGAGGAAUCGUCGUGUAGUAAACUUGAGACUUUGUGCCAACUAAACGUUGCUGUGACAUCCGCGAUUUAGAGAGAUAUCGUAUGAAUAUGUGUAACAAAAAGUCUAUAUCUCGUGUGUAUGUGUGUGUAUGUAUAUGCGUAUGCGUGUGAGUGUGUGUCUAACUUGUACAUAAAUGAACGAGAAAGGAAAAAUUACGAACAAAAAGAGAAAAAGGGGGGAAAAAAAAAAGGAAAAGAAAAAGGGAGAAAAAAAAAUAAAACAUGGGAGCUAUCUUCCGACCGAUAAACUUUUCGUCCUCGUCGUCUGCUUCUUCUUUUUAUCGAGCCGAUGACAUAGAAAGACUAAAAGAAUGAGAGAAAUCAUAGGAAUGUAUUAGAAUAGCGCGAGCGAAAAAAAAAAGAAAAAAAAAAAAAAAAGAAAAAGCCAGGGAACAUUGUUGACUAUCCCUCGACUGGAUGUUGUCCCAUCCACCUUCUUCCUCGCUUCCCUCGAUUCAAGAGAAUAAAGAGGAAAAAGAGAGAGAACAAAAAAAUGAUCGCCGAGCAAAAUAAGCGUAAAGGCGCGCCAUUUGUUAAGAAAUAAUAUAAGAAUCGCUGAUAUGAGGUGAUCGGUAAGGUAUCGUUCGUGGAUUGCUUUUUGAUUUGAUUGAAAGAAAAAGAUGAAGAAGAGGACGAGGAUGAAGAUAAAGAGGGAAAGAAAAAGAAGAGAGGAUGUAAAUUGGACGAUGAAAGAUAGCGACUCGAACGAAAAAUAUAUUAUUUCUACAUACGUACUCCGUUGAUCGAUGCACUUUCGCGGAAUGUGCGAACGAUAAAGGCUUAAUAAGGAACAUACAUGGCACGUAAUUAUAUGUUGUUUCAAAUAAAACAUUGUUGUUUUGUA